GGCGAAGAAGAAGAAGUUCAAAGUUCACAUUAAAGUUUCCCUCGUGUGGUGCUGUUACGGUGGAGUAAAACCGGAGCUCACGCAUCAGACAACCGCUUGAAACACCCUUUUUUCGGAGGAGACGGUUCACUGAAUAAGUUGUGAUGGCCUCCUACACCUGUAUCAGCUGCCGAGUGGCUUUCGCAGAUGGCGAGGUGCAGCGAGCACACUACAAAACCGACUGGCACCGCUACAACCUGAAGCGCAAGGUGGCCGACAUGCCACCAGUCACCGCUGAAAACUUCCAGGAGCGAGUCCUUGCCCAGCGGGCAGCCGCUGAACAGCAGCUGAACGACACGACGACCGGCGAGGGCUGUGCCAUCUGCAACAAGAAGUUCUCCACCGUCAACGCCUACCAGAACCACCUGCAGUCCCACAAACACCAGCAGGCCGAGAAGCAGGCUCUGCUCGCUGCACAGAGGAAAGUGGAAAAGAUGAACGAGAAGAACCUGGAGAAAGGUCUCGGCGAUGAGAAGGUGGAUCACGACGCCAGGAACGAGGCCCUGCAGCAGGCCCUGAAAGAGCAGCAGAGGCCGAGCCCGGCCAAGCAAGGGACAUCACAAGAAGCAAAAAGGCAGAGGGCGGAGAAGCUGGAGAAACCUCCCAGGAUGAUUUGGUUGGAGGAACAAGCUAAGAGGCGAGAGAAAGAAGACGGAGCCACAGCUGUGGAAGAAGAGUGGGAGGACAUUGACGAGGAUGAAGAUGAUGACGAUGAGAUGGAGGAUGAAGAGGAAGAGGAGACGAUGGAUCAAGAGGAAGGGGACUCGGUGGGUGCGUCUGACCCCCAGCCCGCCGCUCUGCCCGGCUCCAUCCCUGUCACCAACUGCCUGUUCUGCUCCCAUCACUCCAAGUCGCUCAUGAAGAAUGUCGCCCACAUGACCAAAGCCCACAGCUUCUUCAUCCCCGAUGUGGAGUUCCUCGUUGACCUGAAGGGCCUCAUCCGCUACCUCGGAGAGAAGGUCGGUGCUGGAAACGUGUGUUUAUGGUGUAACGAGAAGGGCCGUUCGUUCUACUCGACAGAAGCAGUACAGAGUCACAUGACAGACAAAAGCCACUGUAAGCUCUUCACAGACGGCGACACUGCCCUGGAGUUUGCAGACUUCUACGACUUCAGGAGCAGCUACCCAGACAGGAAGGAGGGAGAGGAUGCUGAAAUGGAAGAAGAAGAAGAGCUGCCGGAUGACAAGAACCUGGAGUACGACGACGAAACGCUGGAGCUGACUCUUCCUUCAGGUGCUAAGAUCGGCCACCGCUCGCUCAUGAGAUACUAUAAACAGCGGUUCGGAGCUCAGAGGGCGGUGGUACUGAGCCACAAUAAGAACGCUGUUGGCAGAGUCCUCCGGCAGUACAAAGCUCUGGGCUGGGGAGGAGAUGGAGGCAACGGCUCCUUAUAUCAGAAACAGAAAGACAUGCAGUAUGUACAGAUGAUGAAGUCAAGAUGGAUGCUGAAGAUGGGCAUGAGCCACAACGCCACCAAGCAGAAGCACUUCAGAGCCCAAGUGAUGUUCUAAGCCGGGACUGGAGGCAAGCCGACAUGGUGCGAUAUGUGACACGGACUGGUGGACUUUAACAUUUAAAAUCUUUGCUAUUUUCCCACCAACAGGACUUGGACUAUUGAAGCAGGUACAGCUGCAAAUGAGUGGCGGCUCCUUGCACAGUGGCAGAAAGAAAAAUCAAACAUGUCAUGCAGCCAUGUUGAUUUGUGGUUUGUAAACUGCUGCAAAAACCUUGAUGGGGAGAACAUUUGCACCACCUUUACUUCUUGGAAUUCUCACAUGAUGAGCAGUUUGAUUACAUUUUCCAAAUUUUAGCCAUCCUUGUGAUGCAGCAUCUCUGCGUGGAAACUGCAGGUCACCUGUGACUCUGCUUGAAAACCGCUUUGGGAUAUGAAUCCAGGUGGAGGCUCUGUCCUCCCAACAACCACUAGUUGGAGAUUAAAGGCAUGAUCACAUUUCUAAGUUCAUUUUAAACUGCAUGGAUCGGGUAAAAGCUGCAGUUGAUCACUAUCAAGGAGGUGGUUUUACUAUUUUGGACUCUUCAGUCACAUAACAUUUUUAAUUUAUCAGAUUACGUCUGUAUAAUUCAGUGUGCCUGUAACACAUCCAACCGAAUAAAUGUUUCAUAUUUAUUGGCUACGUGA